CAGGGCUCGUAAUCCCUGCGAGGAGCGUCGAGCCAGGUACGCGUGCGCACAGGGACUGGGGGCGCGUGAGACCAAAGCAGAGCGAAGGCGCCAGGAAGAUGGAGGACGAGCCCCCCUCAGGUUACCACCAAAGAACAUGAUUUUGGCCUAGGGGCUCCAGUUUCCGAAGCUGGAAAAUACCAGAAUACUCUCCAGCUAGAACAACAAGUGAGAACUCAAGAUAAAUUCAUCUCUACACUGAAAUUACAGAUUGAACUCGUUUCCCAGCAAAAUAAUAUAAUAAUAGUAUUGAAAGAUACAAGAAAAAGACUUAGAUCUACUCGAUUCCUUUAUCAAGACCUUAGAAGCAGACAAAGAUCACUACAAGAGUGAAGCUCAAAACUUGAGAAAGAUGAUCAGAAGUAGAUCCAAAAGUCCAAGACGCCUGUCACCAUCUUCCCGGGCUACACACUGUGAUGUAGAGCUUUUGAAGACCACACGAGACCGUGAAGAACUUAAGUGCAUGCUGGAAAAAUAUGAGCGUCAUUUGGCAGAAAUUCAGGGUAAUGUCAAGGUUCUUACAGCUGAGAGAGACAAGACCUUUCUUCUUUAUGAACAGGCGCAGGAAGAAAUUGCCCGGCUUCGCCGAGAAAUGAUGAAAAGCUGUAAGUCUCCUAAAUCAACAACUGCACAUGCCAUCCUCCGGCGGGUGGAGACUGAAAGAGAUGUAGCCUUCACUGAUUUACGAAGAAUGACCACAGAACGAGAUAGUCUGAGGGAAAGGCUAAAGAUUGCUCAAGAGACAGCGUUUAAUGAGAAAGCUCACUUGGAACAGAGGAUAGAGGAGCUGGAGUGUACAGUUCAUAAUCUUGAUGAUGAACGUAUGGAGCAAAUGUCAAAUAUGACUUUGAUGAAGGAGACCAUAACCACUGUGGAGAAAGAAAUGAAAUCACUAGCAAGAAAGGCAAUGGAUACCGAAAGUGAACUUGGCAGGCAAAAAGCAGAGAAUAAUUCUUUGAGAGUUUUAUAUGAAAAUACAGAAAAAGACUUUUCUGAUACUCAGCGACACCUUGCUAAGAAAAAAUAUGAGCUUCAGCUUACUCAGGAGAAAAUUAUGUGCUUGGAUGAAAAAAUUGAUAAUUUUACAAGGCAGAGUAUUGCCCAGCGAGAAGAAAUCAGCAUUCUUGGCGCAACCCUCAACGAUCUGGUUAAAGAAAAGGAAUGCCUGCAAGCAUGCUUGGAUAAAAAGUCUGAGAACAUUGCAUCCCUUGGAGAGAGUUUGGCCAUGAAAGAAAAGACCAUUUCAGGCAUGAAGAAUAUCAUUGCUGAGAUGGAACAGGCAUCAAGACAGUCUACUGAAGCGCUAAUUAUGUGUGAACAAGACAUUUCCAGGAUGCGCCGGCAGUUGGAUGAAACAAAUGAUGAACUGACUCAAAUUGCCAGGGAAAGAGAUAUCUUGGCUCAUGAGAAUGACAAUCUCCAAGAACAGUUUUCUAAAGCUAAACAAGAGAACCAGGCCCUGUCUAAACAAUUGAAAGAUACUCAUAAUGAACUUAAUGAUAUAAAACAGAAGGUCCAAGAUACUAAUUUGGAGGUUAACAAGCUGAAGAAUAUAUUAAAGUCUGAAGAAUCUGAGAACCAACAAAUGAUGGACCAACUCCGAAAAGCCAAUGAAGAUGCUGAAAACUGGGAAAAUAAGGCACGGCAAGCAGAGGCAGAUAACAAUACCCUCAAAUUAGAACUUAUCACUGCUGAGGCAGAGGGUAACAGAUUAAAAGAAAAGGUAGAUGCCCUCAGUAGAGAGGUCGAGCAGCACUUAAAUGCAGAAAGGUCUUACAAGGCCCAGAUUUGUACCUUGCAUAAAUCUCUUGUGAAGAUGGAAGAGGAGCUUCAGAAGGUUCAGUUUGAAAAGGUGUCUGCCCUUGCAGACUUGUCUUCCACAAGGGAACUUUGUAUUAAACUUGACUCAAGCAAGGAACUUCUUAAUAGGCAGCUGAUUGCUAAAGAUCAAGAAGUUGAAAUGAUGGAGAAUGAGUUAGAUUCUGCUCGUUCUGAAAUAGAACUCCUCAGAAGUCAGAUGACAAAUGAGAGAAUCUCCAUGCAGAAUCUAGAAGCUUUGCUGGUGGCCAAUCGAGACAAAGAAUAUCAGUCUCAGAUAGCGCUGCAAGAAAAAGAAUCUGAAAUUCAGCUGCUUAAAGAACACCUGUGUUUGGCAGAAAAUAAAAUGGCCAUCCAGAGUAGAGAUGUGGCCCAGUUCAGGAAUGUCGUCACGCAACUGGAAGCUGAUUUAGACAUUACCAAAAGACAGCUAGGGACCGAGCGCUUUGAAAGGGAUAGGGCUGUGCAAGAACUUCGCCGCCAGAACUACUCAAGUAAUGCUUAUCAUUUGAGUUCUACAAUAAAGCCAAUUACAAAAUGUCAUUCACCGGAACGUGCUCACCACCGAUCUCCUGACCGAGGCCUGGAUCGAUCUCUAGAAGAGAAUCUUUGCUAUAGAGAUUUCUGAUAUGCGAAAAGAUUCUUCACAUCCUUGGGAAAGGUCAAAAUGUCAAUCUGAUUUUUUUGCUAUAUGAUUGCAUUUAUCUUUUGAAUCCUUGACAAUGUUAAAUGUAUAUAUUAACUUUGUGCCUCUGAAUUUCUGUUCUCAUGUGCCAUAUUGCAGUGAUCAGAGAUGACUUAUAAAACAAAAAUGCAUGUGGCUCUUUCUACCCAUACAGUAAUAGUGAGUGUAAAAUCCACUUACUUCACUAUUGAACACUGUUAUGUUAACUAUCCGGAGUAAAUAAAGAAGCUUGUAAAAAGAAGAAAAAGUGUUCUUUACAAAACUGAUUUUCUUUCCUUUCUUGGUCUCUCAUAUAAUUGGAUGGGUUUUUUUCUUUGUUAUUUAUCCUUUCUUGGCUGGAGAAGUUUUGCCAAAAUAGGCACAGUUUACUGAUCCUGGCCUGGGUCC